AUGGCAAUUCCUGAGAACGGCUCGGUCGUCGAUGAUGGUGGCCAACCUGCCCCUCCCGGCUGGGUCGAGCGCACUGCGUUCGACUACACGGCCAUGGCCGAUGCCCAAGCAGGCUCCACCUGGGACGGAAAUGCCCGUGUAUACAGCUGGAGGGACGAGUACGGCGAUGUCGGUCCCGAGAUUGCUGAACUCGAAGCUGAGUUGUUUGGAUCUCCGGAAGACCGCGAUCAGCGUGUCGGUGGUGGUCUCGAUUUCUCCGCUAUCGACAGCAUCGAGGUCAUCCAGGAAGGUCCGCAGCGGAUCGAAUACAUCAAGACCUUUGAGGAUGCCGGACUUCAUCCUGUUAUGGCCAAGAACGUUCAACUUUCGGGAUAUCAGGUCCCGACUCCAAUUCAGAAGUUUACGAUCCCAGCCAUUCUUCAAGGCUAUGAUGUGAUUGGCAUCGCUCAAACUGGUUCUGGAAAGACCGCUGCCUAUCUGAUUCCGAUUCUGAGCAAGUUGAUGGGCAAAGCGAAGAAACUUGGAGCUCCUCGCCCCAACCCUCUUACCUUCCAAGAGGGUAUUGACAACGUGACUGCGGAGCCACUUGUCGUUGUUGUUGUGCCAACUCGAGAGCUGGCCGUGCAAAUCUUCAACGAGGCCAGAAAGCUGUGCUACCGAUCGAUGCUGCGACCCUGUGUGGUCUAUGGCGGCGUCCCCAUUCGUGAGCAGCUGGGCCUCCUCUCCCGAGGUUGUGACGUUUUGAUUGGCACUCCUGGCCGUCUCAAAGACUUCAUCGGACGGCCCGACAAGGUGACUCUGCGUCGCCUCAAGUACAUGGUGAUUGAUGAGGCCGACGAGAUGCUGAACCAGGAUUGGGAGGCCGAACUCCGCCCCAUUCUCUCUGGAGGAGAGCAGGAUGAAGGCAAUGUCAAAUAUGGACUCUUUUCUGCCACUUUCCCUCGUGCUGCUCGUACUCUCGCCAAGGAGUACUUGUCUGCGUCACAUGUGCGCUUCCGAGUUGGCCGAGCUGGAAGUACGACGGUGAACAUCAGGCAGAUGGUGAUUGAGACCACCCGAGAGAAGAAAAACGAGCUUCUGCUCACACUCCUGGAGGAGAUGAAUGGUGUGCGCACCAUUAUCUUCGUCAACAGCCGCCAGGCUGCCGAUACGCUCGAUGAUUUUCUCUACAAUAUGAAGCUUCCUGUCACUUCGAUCCACAGUGAUCGGACUCAAGUCGAGAGAGAGGCAGCCAUGCGAGCCUUUCGAAGCGGCCAGGCUCCUAUCCUCGUGGCAACCGGCAUCACAGCUCGUGGUAUUGACGUCCGCAAUGUGAUGCACGUCAUCAAUUACGACCUGCCGUCGAUGGAGUAUGGCGGCAUUGAAGAGUACACUCAUCGAAUCGGUCGUACUGGUCGCAUCGGCCAUAGAGGAGUGGCUACCUCCUUCUUUACCGAUCGCGAUGAAGGCAUGGCAAGCGUCCUCACCAGGACCUUGUUGGAGACCAAGCAGGAGAUUCCCGCAUUCCUCCAACCAUAUGUUCCCGAAAACUACGCCAAGGGCACCAAGGUGAAGUUUGAGACGGAGUCAGACUUUGAUCCCAAUGAUGUUGCAGGUGCUGGAGAUGCUGCGGGAGGAGGCUGGGGCGGAGACAACAGUGGUAACACUGGCAACGCUGGCAAUGCGGAUUCUGGCGCCGGCGCUUGGGGUGGAAAUGACAACGCCAAUGCUGAUUCUGGCGGCGGUGGUUGGGGCAGCGGCUCUGCGGCCAACAAUGAGGCUGCGAAUUCGGGAAGCGGCUGGGAUCAGGCGGCUGACAACAAGUCCGGCGACGCCUGGGGAGCACAAGGCUCGGGUUCUGCUGCGUGGUAA